AUGUGGCUUCGGAACUUACUUCUCCUGGCUAUUGUGGCCUGCAGCAUCUCUGCACCCACAGACAACCCUGUCACCCAGCCCUCAAGGCACAUUAAGGCCAUCUUCGAAGCCGAACGUCUCCUGAAUGACAGUAAAGACACUGAUGCUUUGACGGAAACAGUAAAGGUCGUGGCAGGAAGGGUUAACCCUCAGACACUAACAUGCCUGCAGACCCGUCUGCACCUGUACAAGCAGGGCUUGCGGGGUAGUCUCACCAGCCUCGAGGGCCUCCUGAACAUAAUGGCCGAAUACUACAAGACUCACUGCCCAGAAAUCCCAGAAACUGCUUGUAUAAACCAGACUGUCACCUUCAAAAACUUCAAAGAUCACCUCAGAAAUUUUCUGCUCCACAUCCCUUUUGAGUGCUGA